AUGACGCAGCCUACCUCUGGCGGCCAAGAUGAUCUGUCGGCGGCUGAGGCCGAAGAUGAUGAGGCCGCAGACUCCGAAAGGGAGUCCGACAGACAGAUGUACGGAGAAGACGAUAUGGAUCCCUCGUCACAUCCGGCAUAUGUAGUUGAAGACGAAGAUGAAGAUGAGCUGCUGGCAGAGCCCCCUCGUGGAGGUUCCGGACAGCGCGGUCGCAAUGGUCUGAGGACAGCGGCGGCAAGCAGUUCUUCUAGCGCACCUAAGUCUUCACCCUUGGAACCGGCGAAGGCAAGAGGAGCCCCUGCAGGCUCUGAUGACAAGAGCAAGUCGCAGCGGAAGCCCCGGGGGAACUUACCUCCGGCUCCUGCCUUCGACGGCGACAAGAAGAAGGAUCCAAAGUGCUUCAGGAAAUGGUCGGCCAAAGUGGACUCCUAUGUGGAGAUCGCCAAGAACAUCAUCGACGACAGCGAGAUCGGCUUGAGGCUUCACGCUGCGCUUGAUGGAGACGCGGCCGACUACCUGGAGGACAUCCCGGCUCGGACUUUCGGCGUGGAGAAAGGGUGGCAGGUCUUGUUGCGUGUCCUCAAGGAGAAGUUCGACGAAAAGAGGAUGCACAAGGACCGGGUGGCAGAAGGGAUGCUCAACUGUCUCUCGGAGAGGGCGACCAAUAUCCUGCUCAACAACCAUUUGCCGGUAGGGUGCAAGGUGGCAUCCUUGCAGAGUGAAAUUUCCUACGCAACUUGCAAGGAAAUUGGCAAGCACUAUGCCUUCCUGUACCCGCUGUGCAAGGAGUUCCCCGAUCGUGUGCCCAGCGGAUUCUUUCUUACAGAUGUCUGGCUGCGCCUGAACGACAAGCUGCGAGGUGGCUUGAUCAAGCCAGCGCAGGAAGACGACAUCCUCACGCACGCCGCCAAAGAGGCGAAGCGCAUGAAGAAAUUGAUGGGAUCAUUGAGAUAUCUUUACCGAAAUGGAAACGCUGCUGCAAAUGUCCAUGUGAAGGCCGCUGAGGACGCAGUAGCCGAGCCGGUGGUGCCCGUGGCCCCUGCAGAGCCGGUAGCCGCCCUUCCCGACUUUCCUGCCCGAAUGGAUCUGGCGGCCAACAAAGCCGAGCGGGCAAUGCGGUAUGAGCUUCGCUAUGGCCUGUCAACAGGUGACACCGAGUCCUCAGACUCCGAUGACGAGGAGUACGACGAGGAGGAGUCAGAAUCCGAAGAGUCUGCGGACAGCUCUGUCGCCGAAGGUGAGAUCGUGCCAUGCAGCAGCUUGGAUGACGAUGAAGGCAGUCUCGACCCCGACAUGGAGGACAGCCAGCGAACAUUGCUGCUAGGCGAGCACGUGUGCGAGAACGGUAGCAGCGAUGAUGGCAGCGUCGAAGACGCAGGAAAUCCUUUCAGCUUGCUUGACGUGCCGCGCUACUCAGAGACAGCCUCCGAGGGAGAGUCGACCCCGGAAGGACACAUGGGGGAAGAGGACGCGAGCUCCGGAGGCACUUCGGAUGAAGAGGCUUCCUCGGCGAGGUCGCCUGCGUCCGCGCGCCCAGCAGGCUCGAGGGACUUUGCGACCUUGAAGACCCCUUCUCCUGGCAUGCCAAAGUGGCUGCACGCUUUCCGGAAUGAGAUGCCCACCCCACCGCCUGUGGGGGCCGUAGUGAAGCCCGAGAAGAAGGAGAAGACUGCGAAGAAGGAAGCGGUGCCAAGCAAGGCGACCUUCCACCGCGGGAGCAAGAAGAGGACUGUCAAGCCGAGCGUGGCUGCUGAGGGCAGCAGCAGCAGCAACAAGAAGGCAAGAGUGGGACAUGAGGUUGAAGAUGCUCGGCAUGAGCAGCUCGCGCAGGGCCUGCGAAACAUCGAGGCGGAGCGCUUCUCAGAGCGCGAGGGUGACAUGGGCCCGGCCGAGCGCGAGGAGAACGUGGGCCUGGCAGACCGCGCAGAGGACAUCGGUCACCGCGAUGCUCUCGAGUGGUUCAAAGGGCAUUCGCUGCUUUGGGUUCCGCUGGAAGCACGGCCGGACCAGCAUGGCAAGUUCAAGGGCAAGCACUCCUAUACCCUUUCUGAUUCUGAGGGCGCGAAGGUAGAAAUCCUUCUUCGCCACAAGGCAUUCUUUGUCAAGAAAUGCAGGUUGGGUGACAUCGCCCUGCAAGACGUGUCAAUGAUGCACCGCGGCUCAGGGACGGCCUCUGCGGCCUGCUUGUGCUCCUGGGCUUUCUUUAUGCAUGGAGCUCACGUCCACAGCCUCGUGGAGACGCAGAUGGUUAGCCGUGUGGAGGAGGAGCUCUUAAGUGAGCUUACGUCCUGCAAGCUGUCGGAGCAGGCGGCCCUGGAGAAGAACGCAACUGCUAGCACUCGGCUGAGGCAAGAACUGGAGGCCUUGCUUUUUGUUGCAAAUGAGAGAGCCGCUAAAAGAAGUGCUACCAUCGAGUUGCUGGCCAGCGAGGAGAAGCACGCCAGCGAGGUCAAGGUGCACAGACUGGAAGGUUGGCUUGACGAAGCCGAUGACAAACUCCUCCAGGAGGAAGAGGAGUUUCGCCAGAGCAUGGCACUUGUUCAGGCCAGAGAUACGCAGCUCGAUGAGUACAAAGAAUCCAUGGCUGAGGCAGCUUUGCGGUAUUCUAUGGAGGAGGGAAGGCAAGCUGGUCUCCUGAAUCAGCACCACGACUUCAUUGGUGAGCUGGAGGAAACGAUCGUGAGCCUCGAAGGCCGACUCGAGGAAGCGCGGUAUGGGCGUGGUGAGGAAGAGAUGCAAGCGUCAGAGAGAUCAGUCCCCGUGAGCGCGGAAUCCACGUUGGACGCUGUGGAUGGCAGUGUGAAGAAAUCUGGCCAUUUCAUCCUGCAGUUCUUUCCAAAGGAGCAGAUGGAUUGCACUACUUCGAAGCGUACAUGGGAGCGAGAAGCCGGCAAGGUAAUCAAGGUUUGUCCUCUUUGGCUGAGUUUUGAGAACGGCAAGAAGCGCAAGCUCGAAGAUGCUGUGUUCACUGUGGAAGACAGCUUGCAGCACAGCUCCCAGUCUUCAAAAAGUGCCAAGGUUGAAGACCACAGCUCACAGUCUUUGGCGCCUUCAAAGAGCGCGAAGCCGGAUGACGACAGCUGCCAGUCUUUGCCUGUUACGCAGAUCGACGCGACAGAUGAAGGAUUGGGUUGGCAGGUCGAUGUGAAGCCUGCUUCUCCUCGCCCUCUCACGGCGAACCAGCAAAAGCACUUGAGGCAGGAUGCAAUUGCAUUUGUGAAGCAGCUGGAGGAUUUCCAGUAUCGGAGACUCACGGCUAAUAAGAACCUCAGCGCCGCUAGCCUUUGCGACGCGCUAGAGAAGGGCCUCAAACAAUGCUUCACUCUUGACCUGAAUGUCAUGCUCGAGAAGUUCAAGGGGACGACUUGGAAGACCGCUUCCUCUCUCAGCGUCAUUGCGCCCACUAUCUUCCGCGCUGCGCUUGCCCAGCUCAAAGAGCGCGUGUCUGCCUGCAACGCUAGCAAGAUGAAGGACGAUGAGUUUUUCGAUACGACCAGCAUGGUGAUGAGAAUCCAGUUAGCCAAGCUUCGCGAUAUGGCCUUCUCUCCUACAUCGGCUUGGUCCAAGAAGGCAAGAAGGGAGGAGAUUUUGAAAGUCGAAAAGCUUGUGGCUCUGGUAGCCAAGGAGACACCGAAGGAGACUGAGCAGACCCCGGCUGCAGGUUCCAAUCCGAUAGAGUCCUGCGACGAAGGUUGGCCUGACUUCACACGCGUGACAGCCGCGCUUGCUGAUACUCGGGCUCUGGUGCCAUGUGAAAGAUCGACGGAAGAAAGCCCAGAGCUUGAGCGAGCUCCAAGCUUCCUCAAGAGGGCACCAAGCUUUGUGCAGGCCGCUGAAGAAGCAGCCUUGCAGGCAGCUCUGAAGAGCGUUCCUUUGUCGUCUGCUGCGAAGUCAGCUGCCUUCCAGGCCUGGCUGUUUCGUGAGCGAUAUCUUGAGGCCAUCAAGUGCAGCAAGAAGCAGUCGCAGCAGAAGCAGCAGGAGGCCGUGAUGGCUGCUGCUCUUGCUGCCAAGCCAAAGGCCAAAGCCACAGCCAAGAGUGCCAAGAGCAAGAGUUGCUUGCGAAAGAAGCCGAAGAAGCAGCUCAAGAUGGACCCGAAAAACGUGGCCUCGCGAGCGUAUCAUCGAGUUCGCAAGCUGGCGCGGCGCAACGGCAAGAGUAAGGCCGCGCUCGCGCCCGUUUCUUUAGAGUCUGCAUUCUUGUACGCUACUUCCGCGUCUCAGGUUCACAACGAGCUCCUGAGAGCGAGCGUGCAGGUCUCAAAAGCAGAGAACACGAAAGAGAAAAUUCGCGGCAGCCCGCAGGAUAUGGUGUCAAGCGGCGGGGAAUGCCCUGGGUCACUGCGCGCGUUGGCCGCGCUUGGAAGCAAUGGCAAGUAUCCCGCGAACAUGCACCAAGUAAUAGCUCUGGUGCCCUUAGCUUUGCUGGGCAAGGACGCGGAAAGCCAGGCUCGCAUUGACGUGAUGCAUCGGCGACUAGCAGGUCAUUUCUACGCUGCUGUGAUCAUGGUGAAAGGCGAUCUGGACUUCCUGUGGAAAGGUCAGACCAUCAACAAGUUGAAACUGAGCAUGUUCGUGCCGGAUGCAAAACAUCCUUGGGCGCAUUUCCCGAAGCUGAAAACAAAGGGCGCGGAAACGAAGAAUUUACUUCCAGGACUACUACAAUGCUGGAUGACGUACAUGGAUGACACGAAUCAGGUUCACAUGCAGAUCAUGCUUCUUCUCGAACGCAGCAUAAAAUUGGAUGGCAUCGUCUCCGACUGUUUCGACUUUGCUCUCCCUGCUGACGACGCAACAGAGCUAGUGGAGACGGGCUGGGAACACUUUGCUCUGCAGUCAGCAUUGAUGAAACAUUUCGUGCAGUCGGAGGGCAAACUCCUGUUCAACGGCACAUUCAAAUCGCAUUGGCUCAUGCACUCCAUUCUCAUCUCAUCCUGGGUUUCUCCAAGAGUGGCUCAGUGCUACGCAGACGAAGACCUGAUGCAAGGCGUUCGUCAGUUAGUGAAGUAUGCCACGCGCGGACGUGAUCAAGCCUCGGCUAUUCGGAAAGCCAUGGUGAAGUACAGCUUGGCAUUGCACCUGCAGCACACAAAUCUUCUCCAGUUCUUUCCUGCUUGCUACAAGCUCGUCUCGUCCCUGGCACUUACAGCCAUGGACCUCGCUUCGGCCUUUGCUAAGGGAAUGCCGUCUACCCGAGGCGAGCUUGUAGCAGAAACGCAGCCAGACAACAAGGACACGCAGCUCCAGCUGCCGUCUACCCAAGGCCAGCUUCUAGCAGAAACGCAGCCAGACAACAAGGACACGCAGGUCCAGGAGCUGGACCUUGACGAGCCAGAAGAGCUCACUGCGAAAGAAGCUGAGGACCCUCCGUCUGAGACCAAAGAAGCCAAAGGGAACGGGAAGAGAAAGAAAGCAGAGCAGAACGACGAGAACGAAGACACGAAGGAAGCCAACAAGCAAGACAAGAAGGCCAAGAACCAGGACAAGAAGCCUGCCAAAGAGGAGAAGGACACGAAAGAGGAGGAGAAGCAGGGAAAGGCCAAGCAAAGGAAAACAAGCGGCGACAAUGGCUCAUCGGAGCCAACCAAGCCGAAGAGUGCUAAGGAAAAGGCUGCCAAAGAGGAGAAAGACACGAAAGAGGAGGAGAAGCAGGGAAAGGACCAGGGAAAGGGCAGGCGAAGGAACACAAGCGGCGACAAUGGCUCGGAGCCAACCAAGCCAAAGAGUGCUAAGGAAAAGGCUACGGCACUUGUGGCCUGGACCGAGGCAAAGGAAGACGACCAGGGCUCGGACCAGGAAGAGCACCGCGAUCCCUGCAAAGCUCGCUUCUUCAAGGCAGCCAAGAGCAAGGACAAGCUACCGGAGCCGCUAGUCGAACUCUUCGAAAAGUCAAACAGAAGAGACCAGACGGAGAUCGUGAACAAGGUGGUCAGACGCAACGAGCACGGCGGCUUUGUGCUCAACUUCGAGAGCGAGUUCUACAGGGAGAUCCACACGAGGUAUGAGGAGAGCAAAGCCAAAGAGAAAGCUAUCGGCAAGACCCUGACGGUAGCAAGAGCAAUGGCAGGCCAAGAAGCGCUGGACGCUGCUAUCCGUUCUGGUGAGUGCACCGUGAUCCGCGAGAAAGGCAAAGAGUUCUACGUCUUCGAGGAUUCCGAGCUGUCUGUUACCAACACCACUGGCAAGCUGAUCAAGAGACAGGUCACUGGUGAAGGCGAGAUUGGACAGGGCGGCAGCGCUUUCCGAGAGUUCCUGGAGAACUUUGAGAUGCACCUCACACCCAGCUCCGCAGACGCCUCGUCAAGCUCAAAGGGCCUGGCGCAGAACGGCUUCUCCGAAGAGGAGAAGGCGAAGCUGAACGAGGGCAUCGCUAUGCUUACUGAUGCUCGCAAGAACGCCGAGAGGCUCUUUCUCGACAUGAAGUCGAAGAACUCCAAGUCAAGCCAAGUGGUCAAAGACAUCAUGCGAAACAACCUUCAAACCGUACUUGAGAAAAUCAGCGAGCUGAACCAGGCCGCAGUGGCCAUGCAAGAGCUGACCGUCAUUGCGCCCACUAUCUUCCGCGCUGCGCUUGCCCAGCUCAAAGAGCGCGUGUCUGCCUGCAACGCUAGCAAGAUGAAGGACGAUGAGUUUUUCGAUACGACCAGCAUGGUGAUGAGAAUCCAGUUAGCCAAGCUUCGCGAUAUGGCCUUCUCUCCUACAUCGGCUUGGUCCAAGAAGGCAAGAAGGGAGGAGAUUUUGAAAGUCGAAAAGCUUGUGGCUCUGGUAGCCAAGGAGACACCGAAGGAGACUGAGCAGACCCCGGCUGCAGGUUCCAAUCCGAUAGAGUCCUGCGACGAAGGUUGGCCUGACUUCACACGCGUGACAGCCGCGCUUGCUGAUACUCGGGCUCUGGUGCCAUGUGAAAGAUCGACGGAAGAAAGCCCAGAGCUUGAGCGAGCUCCAAGCUUCCUCAAGAGGGCACCAAGCUUUGUGCAGGCCGCUGAAGAAGCAGCCUUGCAGGCAGCUCUGAAGAGCGUUCCUUUGUCGUCUGCUGCGAAGUCAGCUGCCUUCCAGGCCUGGCUGUUUCGUGAGCGAUAUCUUGAGGCCAUCAAGUGCAGCAAGAAGCAGUCGCAGCAGAAGCAGCAGGAGGCCGUGAUGGCUGCUGCUCUUGCUGCCAAGCCAAAGGCCAAAGCCACAGCCAAGAGUGCCAAGAGCAAGAGUUGCUUGCGAAAGAAGCCGAAGAAGCAGCUCAAGAUGGACCCGAAAAACGUGGCCUCGCGAGCGUAUCAUCGAGUUCGCAAGCUGGCGCGGCGCAACGGCAAGAGUAAGGCCGCGCUCGCGCCCGUUUCUUUAGAGUCUGCAUUCUUGUACGCUACUUCCGCGUCUCAGGUUCACAACGAGCUCCUGAGAGCGAGCGUGCAGGUCUCAAAAGCAGAGAACACGAAAGAGAAAAUUCGCGGCAGCCCGCAGGAUAUGGUGUCAAGCGGCGGGGAAUGCCCUGGGUCACUGCGCGCGUUGGCCGCGCUUGGAAGCAAUGGCAAGUAUCCCGCGAACAUGCACCAAGUAAUAGCUCUGGUGCCCUUAGCUUUGCUGGGCAAGGACGCGGAAAGCCAGGCUCGCAUUGACGUGAUGCAUCGGCGACUAGCAGGUCAUUUCUACGCUGCUGUGAUCAUGGUGAAAGGCGAUCUGGACUUCCUGUGGAAAGGUCAGACCAUCAACAAGUUGAAACUGAGCAUGUUCGUGCCGGAUGCAAAACAUCCUUGGGCGCAUUUCCCGAAGCUGAAAACAAAGGGCGCGGAAACGAAGAAUUUACUUCCAGGACUACUACAAUGCUGGAUGACGUACAUGGAUGACACGAAUCAGGUUCACAUGCAGAUCAUGCUUCUUCUCGAACGCAGCAUAAAAUUGGAUGGCAUCGUCUCCGACUGUUUCGACUUUGCUCUCCCUGCUGACGACGCAACAGAGCUAGUGGAGACGGGCUGGGAACACUUUGCUCUGCAGUCAGCAUUGAUGAAACAUUUCGUGCAGUCGGAGGGCAAACUCCUGUUCAACGGCACAUUCAAAUCGCAUUGGCUCAUGCACUCCAUUCUCAUCUCAUCCUGGGUUUCUCCAAGAGUGGCUCAGUGCUACGCAGACGAAGACCUGAUGCAAGGCGUUCGUCAGUUAGUGAAGUAUGCCACGCGCGGACGUGAUCAAGCCUCGGCUAUUCGGAAAGCCAUGGUGAAGUACAGCUUGGCAUUGCACCUGCAGCACACAAAUCUUCUCCAGUUCUUUCCUGCUUGCUACAAGCUCGUCUCGUCCCUGGCACUUACAGCCAUGGACCUCGCUUCGGCCUUUGCUAAGGGAAUGCCGUCUACCCGAGGCGAGCUUGUAGCAGAAACGCAGCCAGACAACAAGGACACGCAGCUCCAGCUGCCGUCUACCCAAGGCCAGCUUCUAGCAGAAACGCAGCCAGACAACAAGGACACGCAGGUCCAGGAGCUGGACCUUGACGAGCCAGAAGAGCUCACUGCGAAAGAAGCUGAGGACCCUCCGUCUGAGACCAAAGAAGCCAAAGGGAACGGGAAGAGAAAGAAAGCAGAGCAGAACGACGAGAACGAAGACACGAAGGAAGCCAACAAGCAAGACAAGAAGGCCAAGAACCAGGACAAGAAGCCUGCCAAAGAGGAGAAGGACACGAAAGAGGAGGAGAAGCAGGGAAAGGCCAAGCAAAGGAAAACAAGCGGCGACAAUGGCUCAUCGGAGCCAACCAAGCCGAAGAGUGCUAAGGAAAAGGCUGCCAAAGAGGAGAAAGACACGAAAGAGGAGGAGAAGCAGGGAAAGGACCAGGGAAAGGGCAGGCGAAGGAACACAAGCGGCGACAAUGGCUCGGAGCCAACCAAGCCAAAGAGUGCUAAGGAAAAGGCUACGGCACUUGUGGCCUGGACCGAGGCAAAGGAAGACGACCAGGGCUCGGACCAGGAAGAGCACCGCGAUCCCUGCAAAGCUCGCUUCUUCAAGGCAGCCAAGAGCAAGGACAAGCUACCGGAGCCGCUAGUCGAACUCUUCGAAAAGUCAAACAGAAGAGACCAGACGGAGAUCGUGAACAAGGUGGUCAGACGCAACGAGCACGGCGGCUUUGUGCUCAACUUCGAGAGCGAGUUCUACAGGGAGAUCCACACGAGGUAUGAGGAGAGCAAAGCCAAAGAGAAAGCUAUCGGCAAGACCCUGACGGUAGCAAGAGCAAUGGCAGGCCAAGAAGCGCUGGACGCUGCUAUCCGUUCUGGUGAGUGCACCGUGAUCCGCGAGAAAGGCAAAGAGUUCUACGUCUUCGAGGAUUCCGAGCUGUCUGUUACCAACACCACUGGCAAGCUGAUCAAGAGACAGGUCACUGGUGAAGGCGAGAUUGGACAGGGCGGCAGCGCUUUCCGAGAGUUCCUGGAGAACUUUGAGAUGCACCUCACACCCAGCUCCGCAGACGCCUCGUCAAGCUCAAAGGGCCUGGCGCAGAACGGCUUCUCCGAAGAGGAGAAGGCGAAGCUGAACGAGGGCAUCGCUAUGCUUACUGAUGCUCGCAAGAACGCCGAGAGGCUCUUUCUCGACAUGAAGUCGAAGAACUCCAAGUCAAGCCAAGUGGUCAAAGACAUCAUGCGAAACAACCUUCAAACCGUACUUGAGAAAAUCAGCGAGCUGAACCAGGCCGCAGUGGCCAUGCAAGAGCUGACCGAGUCUACAAAGCUGUAUGAGUCUGCUGCCGCUGCCUGGGAGCUCGCGAAAACGCGGAGCGGCUUUUCUAAGAAGAUGGUUUUGUAUCUGUUUGUCAUCCUCGCAGCGUGCGAGUUCCAAGAUAUCGCAGCAAGGCAGCUGGAGUUUCCGUUCAAUGGUGUUCGAGACAUCAUCACAGGGCAUCCUGUUCGCGUGAGAAAGUGUCAGGUCUGGGGGAAGCAGACCAUUGCUGUGGAUGAUGCUCUGAAGGUUUGUUUCUUGCUCACAAGACUCAUCCUCGAUCUUCCUGAUUUGGAUUGGUCAUCCCCGAUCGAUCAUCUGGAGUUCUUCUCCGGUAUGAUGAGUGUGACGAAAGCUGAGCUGCAGGAGGGCCGUCGAUGUGUGGCAUAUGACAUCACCUACGACAGUGUAUGGAUGGACAUGCUUGCUCCGAGGGGCUACAUUCACGCCGUCUACCAGGUGCAUGUAGUGUUCGAGCAACCACGUGGAUCCCUCCUGGAAGACCACCCGGCGAUACAGAAGCUGUUUGCGCAAUUGAAAUGGUACCGGCACCACGUCUUGAUGAAGACGUUCGGUGGCCACAAAUUCAUCAAAGACUUGGAGCGGUACCGACCAUUGCACACCCAUCUAUCCUCGGAGAAGAAAGAAAUGGUCGUGCGGUACAAAGACUGUUCUGGAAGGGAGUGCCUCAAGGGAGGCAAAGAUUUAAAGAGCUCGCAAGCUUAUCCGCGGCCGAAGCUAGGCGCCUUAACCGGCCUGGAGCUUCCAGGCAAGACCUUACGUGCACCUCUUCACUUGUUCGGAACUGCUCUAGCAAUGCUGCGCACUCACAACAAAGCUGAAACAAAAAGGGAGGCUGAUGUCUUCAUCAAGGCAGCCAAACACAGGCGUCGUGCAAACGGUGGCAUCGUGCGUGGCAUGGGCCGAUUGGUUUUGGGCCACCUCAAGGAGAACUUCCAAGGGGGAGUGGCGGGGGAGAGCAGCAAGCAAGAAGGAGCCCAGGAAUCCAGGCCGGCCAACGCGAUGAGAUUCCUAAAAGACGAAGCCGCGAGCGGGAGUUUUUGCUACAUUCUUUGUGGCGUGCUUUUAAACUGUGCCACCGCGCUCGGUGUGUGGCGGGUUGGUGACGCAAUGGCUCUUGCCAAAGACAAGAAGCUUGACCAAGAAAGAAAAGCCAAGAAGGGCAAGAAGGAGAAGGAGGAGCGGUCUGAGGGAGACCGCGGUCGCACGCCGGAGAGAGCCAACAAGCCGGAAUGCAGACUGGCCGCAAAGACUUCCCCACGCACAGUCAAGCGCAAGUCGGCCUUGCGACGGAGCAAGACCUCGACCCAGGCGAAGCCAGAGACCGAGGCCGAGAACCAGCCAAAGGACGGCAACCCAGGCCCCGCAAAGAAAGCAAAGCCAGGCUCUGCUGCCACUUCUUCGUCAGUAGCACCGCCAACCAAGCAAGAGAAGAAAGCAGAGAAGAAAGAGAAGGCGAAGAAGGAGAAGAAAGACAGGCGAAAGGAAGGGCACCGUGUCACCGUGACACCGAAGAACCUUCUGACUGACUUCAACGACCAGGACAGCCAGAUCAACAGGGAGUACCUUGACGAGUUGUUGGCGGAGCUUGAGGCCAGCCCAACAGUGGACGCGGAUUCGGAGGAAUCCAGCACAGAGACAGAAUCCGACGCGGACAGUUCCGACGAUGACAGCUCGGACGGGUCUUCGGAAAACUCUAGUGGCUCUUCUAGCGGAGACGAGUCAAAGGCUUCGGAGCCUCAGCAGGUUGAGGAACCGGAGGCAAAGGAGAGGGGUGGGCAAACACCAAAGAAGAGUGUGUCGGGGAGCGAGGCAGGCCAGAACGAGCAGGUUGCGCCUAACCCGCCGGAGCAGUCCUUGGCCUUGGUUGCAACGUCAGCAGAGGUUGCCACGGUUCAGAAGGCAAACAGCAGCAGUCACAAGAAGGACUGGGAUACGUUUACAAGGCAAUGUCAAAACCGGAAGACAUUUCCAACGGAGUUGUCCGAGUACUACGACAAGAGCAAAGUUGACUUGUUCAAUUUGGUAAAGGUGGUGGUGGAGCGCAUACGCGAGAAGAAGACAACGGCCCGACAAGGAGCUGCUGCCAUGAAGCACCGGGACAUUGUGCUGAUCUAUGGCAAGGACAAAACAGAUCAGCUUUGCGCCAGGUUGAAAGAAGCAGGCCGCUGGUACUAUGACGAAGAAUGGCCAAAAGACGAAGACGAAAUCUACAACUACGUUACGAGGCCCCGGAAGCUCAACGUGGAAAACAUCACCAGUGAGAAGGCAAGCAUGCAGGCUACCGCGCACAUUGAUGACGCAGAGGCCAUGAACCAGCUGACUGCUGUGCACGAGCAGAUCUUGGCAGACGAGGUGCAGAAGCCUCCCAGAAAGAAGGCAAAAAAGGAAGCCGCAGAACCGGAAGUCAUGGUUCCUGCGACUGACAAGGACAAGGCUGAGGACACCGCGAAGGAAGUCUUGAAAGCAAUUGGGGAAGCGCGAAAGCACGCCCUGUCUCUUCAGGGUGUGGAGUACAGCGACACCCUCGGCAAGGACUUGUCGCAGUUCGCCAAGGACACGGAGAAAGAGUACCUGAAGGUGCAAAAGAAGCUGAAGAAGAAGGUGACCAAAAAGAAGGACAAAAGGUACUUCCUCGACUACAUCACCAAAAGCCAAGCAAAGCUCGAGUGGUUCAAAAAGGCUGAGGCAACUGAUGGGUGCGACAUUCAAAAGCCCAGCGGCCGCGAAAUCCCUGAUCUCGAGCAGCAAGACGAAGAAGCCAAAGGCUCGGCUAGGGGAAAGAAGGACACAAAGGAGGACAGCUGA